UUUUUGUUGAUGUUUAACGUGAGUGCGGCUGCGCGUUGCUCAAUGCUUUCGCCGUUGCUGACGCGACUUGGUUGAAAAAAAAGAGAGAGUUCACCGUCUGGCUGUUGCUAGCGAGUCUAUCGAAACUGAAUACAUUGUACGACCCCAGGCGGGCAUUGUUAAGGAGCCAAGGAUAAUUCAGCGACUAUCUCUACCAGCGACAAACCAACCUCUCCCGUAUGUGAUCGCCCUUCCUCCUCGUCGGACGCUGCCAGCGAGGGCCAAGGAACAAAAUAGCAUAUCGCCAUUAUAUGAUCCAGUGUCCAGAGUCACUUUUACCCUCCAUGUGGGUGAGGGAACUGUGUGUAUCAGAUUAUGGCGAGAAAAACAGUUAGCAGGAAAAGGAAGGCAGGAGAGCCCAAGGACCAACAACAGCUGGGCUGGAGUCAGACACCAAACAAGCGGAGCCGUGUUUCUUCUUCUUCACGUCAUGCUCAGCAGUGGUGGUGCAGUCGGCACUCCGUGGUAUGUGCCCUUCGGGGACGGGAGUUCAGACCUCAACAGCAGCAUGAGGUGCGGCUUCAGCGAAGCCUUCGGGGCUUUGCAGCUGGGAGGCUCCCUGGAAUCCUAAAGGAGAGGGAGUUUUCUCUGGGGAGACUCAACAAGGUGUUUGCUUCACAGUGGCUCAAUCACAGGCAGGUGGUGUGUGGGACCAAAUGCAACACGCUUUUUGUAGCUGAUGUCCUGACGGGGCAGAUAACACGCAUUCCGAUGCUGAAGGACAGGGAGUGCCAGGGUGGAGGGUCUGGGGUGGGGGGCACAGUGGUGGCAGGGAGGAAUUACAACCCAACAGCAGGCUCUCGUUCCCGGCUGGACCAGCAGGGCUGUGGGAUUCACGCUAUUGAGCUCAACCCCUCAAGAACGCUGCUAGCCACGGGAGGCGACAACCCCAACAGCCUGGCUAUCUACCAGCUGCCUACACUGGACCCUGUUUGUGUUGGAGAUGAUGGUCACAACGACUGGAUCUUCUCCAUAGCAUGGAUCAGUGAUAACAUGGCGGUGUCUGGUUCCAGGGAUGGUUCGAUGGGCCUUUGGGAAGUGACAGAGGAUGUCAUGAGCCAGGCAGAGCGCAGUCAGAAUGAAGAGACUGUACCCUCCUACGCCCACAUCUCCCACCGCGCCCUCAAGGAUAUCCCAAAGGAGUACACCAACCCUUACAACUGUAAAGUCCGUGCUCUGGCUUUCAACAACAACCAUAAAGAAUUGGGUGCUGUGUCCCUGGAUGGCUAUUUCCACCUCUGGAAAGCUGAGCACAACUUGUGCAAGAUACUGUCCACCAAGCUGCCUCACUGCAAAGAGAAUGUGUGUCUGGCGUAUGGACAGGACUGGUCGGUGUACGCUGUGGGUUCUCAGGCUCAUGUCUCCUUUCUGGAUCCACGGCAGCCGACACACACCAUCAAGUCGGUCAAUUCCAGAGAGAGAGGAAGCGGGAUCCGUUCAGUGAGUUUUUAUGAGCACAUUGUGACAGUGGGCACCGGCCAAGGCUCUCUUCUCUUCUACGACAUCCGGGCCCAGAGAUUCCUGGAGAACCCAUUAAAUCCAGCCGGGGGGUACAGGAAGUGCCCAGGAGAUGGCAUUCUUAAGCUCACUACAGGGAAAGGCUGGCUGAAUCAUGAUGAGACGUGGCGGAGUUACUUCUCAGACAUUCAUUCUUUCCCCAACGCCGUGUACACCCACUGCUAUGACGACUCCGGCACCAAGCUGUUUGUUGCAGGUGGACCGCUCUGCUCGGGCCUGCACGGCAACUACGCAGGACUGUGGAGCUAGCCUCUUGGUCUCCUCCAUCACUGCACCUUGUCCAUAUUUUUACAAAACCAGUCCCUCCAUCCCUCUCUUUCUUCACGUCUGCUGACAUCACUGUCUUAGGUAUUCCUCUUGCUCAUUGAAAUAUCACUCAAGUUUUGCUUACACAUAGACUCAGGAGCAUGAUCUUACACCCACUGGAUCACAGCUUUGUAUAUUGUUGUUGUGUAUCUUUGUGUCCACCAUCACACUUUCCUCUUCUUCUGCAGUUAUUCCUUUGCUCCUUUAAACUCAGCUAUUCAGUUUUAUAUGAAUAUGUACAAAGAAUUAAAUAAAAAUGUUCUCCAGAGCUGCAAAAUCUGCCACUUAGGAACUCAGAAGAGUUUUAAGAUACAUUAGGAAUAAAGUAAAACAUGUUCCAAUCAUUUAAAACAUUUACAUCUGACCCGCAGGGAUUAGGCUUUGGUCUUUUGCUGGUUUGUUUUUAUAUGUAAGGAUAGAGUGAAAUGCUGCUUCCUCUGUGAUAACUGACAGUGUCUAUGUGGAAAAUACAGGUGGAGUUUUUUUUCUCCCCAAAAGUUCCUUUUCUUUAUCUCACUGAAAUGGACAAGUAAAAGAGAGGGAGAUGGACUGAGGGGAAGAUCCGUUCUGAAGGACUGACACAGAGUGCAGUUUGUUGUUAGAGAAUAUUUACUGGUUGGACAGCUCGCCCUGUCCUGCAACAAUCACAAAGAACUUCUCUCUUCUCCUGUCGGAAGUAAAAUGAAGAAGCCAAUCAAUAUGGGACAGAGUUUUCUCCUCAGAUGAUGUAGAGGAAAAAUGCUAAAUGCAGUGUUGUUGUUCUGAAUUAAUCCCCCCAAAAAAGCUUAUUUUAUUUUUGACUCUGUGUGAUUUGACAGGUAUACCCCUGCUAUUCUAGGAAGCUUUAUUUGUAUUUAUUUUCCCCUUUCUCUGUCCCUUUUAUUUAGUCAAUCAGGGGUUUUCAUAUCUGCUUCUUUUGGUUGUACUGUUAUACUUUUGUUUGUGUUCCUUUUCUCUUCACACAUUUGGCCAAUCGGUGAUGUUCAACUCUGCUCUGUAAGCGUACUAUUGUUACUAGAGAAUUGACCCUAAGGUUUAAAGUUUUGGUAGCAAGUAAAGCAUCAUAUAUAUGACUAUUCAAAGAUACAGUAGCCUUUAAUUUCUGGGUUCAAUCUCCCCUAACUUUAAUGUUUCUCUGACUCCUCCACAGGAACUAGGGAAUAGACCUUUAGUGUCUCACAUGUAGUUUUUCAGCCAUCCAGUCAGAAUGAUGCGAAAGGAGAACCAAUAAGAAUUCUGGACUCAACCCUGAUAUUAGAUGCUUCAGCAACACACAUAUUUCAUAGAUGGAAGAACUUUGUUUUGUUUUCUCUUCUUGUGUAUCAAGCAGUGAGGGAUGCUGCACCUCUCCUUGUUUGGUAGAGGCAGGGUAGGCUUAGUUACAUUUUUGCCUUCCUAAAAGUCUUUCUGUGAAAGACUGCCACGAGUAUCAUAGUUUUCCUUUUCUACAUGGAAAUUUUGUCCAGUUUUCAUGGUAAUGACAGAUUGAAAAGAGAAACCCCAAUUAAGAACACAAAUUUAACAAACAACCAACACUUUGAAAGUGUAUUUUAUAUAAAUAUGUGUAUAUGUAUGUGUAAAAUACAUAGGGACAGUUGCAUACAUUUUUAUGUAUAUGUCUGAGGAAGUGUGUGGAUCGAUCUGUAUACUUGGUGAUGCCCUGUUUUUUUUAUACAUGCCUCAUGAAUGUUUUUACAAAUGACUGAAUUUGAGGAUAUUGUAAAAUACAAACAUCUGCAAAAAAAAAACAAGCUAUUAAAUCUUUAAAAAGAGUAAAUAAAAAUAAAAUGUAUAUUGAUGUAAA